AUGUCGACAUCGUCCAGCUCAAGCGUAGAUCUGGUGUCCCUGGAGGACAUCCAGAAGGCGCAUGCUCGCGUGGCGCCUUUCACCCACUACACGCCGCUGCUCACCAACCAAGCGGUCGACUCGCUGGUCACUGAGGCUCUGAUUGCAGAGACCGAACCCUCUUCUCCGAGAGUGCGCGUGGCGUUCAAGGCGGAGCAUCUGCAGCGAGUGGGUGCCUUUAAGUAUCGCGGAGCCACCAACUCGGUGCUCGUCCAUCUCGAGGCUGCGAAAGCCCAGCACGAAGCCGACACUACCAAGCAGGGCGAGUUCAGCGCCGACCGCCUCGUCGUGGUGACGCACUCGAGCGGCAACCAUGCUGCUGCGCUCGCAUGUGCUGCACGCUCUGCCGGCUGCGUUGCCGCGGUUGUGAUGCCCGAGAACGCACCGAAGCCCAAGAAAGAGGCGGUGGCAGGAUACGGAGCGCGAAUCACGUUUUGCAAACCCACGCUCGAAGCUCGCGAAUCCACAGCAAAGGCAGUCAUGGAAAGCUACGAGGAGCAAGGCUACACGGUGCGCUUUGUGCAUCCAUACGACGAGCCGCUGGUGAUCGCAGGUCAGGGCACCAUGGCACUCGAGAUGCUCGACCAGGCUGCCAACCUCGAAUCGCGCGGAGCAUGCUCGCAUGCAGCCGAGUCCAAGUCAAGCGCUUCAAGGCCCUUGGUUGGCUCCAAGAAUGUAGCCGCCGUCGGCCCGAAAGCGGACGGCACAUGGCGUGCGCGCGAUCUCUCUGAGCCGGUCUUCGACAUUGUGAUUGCGCCGGUCGGAGGCGGCGGCAUGCUCUCCGGUGUCUCGACUGCUGUCAAGGGAGCGGAUAGUCGGAUCGUUGUCAUCGGUGCGGAGCCAGACCUGGUCAACGAUGCCUUCCAUUCCGUCCAGGCUGGCGAGGUGCAGUCACCGCCGCAGCCACCCAAGACGAUCUGCGACGGCCUUCUGACCUCGCUCUCGCCGCUCACGUUGUCGCACAUCCAGAAGCAUGUGGACACCAUCGUAACUGCGCGCGAGGAGAACGUGCUCAAGGCGCUGCAACUCCACUGGACAAGGCAGAAGCAGUUCGUGGAGCCAAGCGCUGCUGUAGGCCUCGCCACUCUCCUGCAAGGCUUCAACGAAGCAGCACAGCAGCUGGGUGCUUCGUCCGAUGCGGAUACACCGUCCGACCGGUCGCUGUGGGGUCUCAAGCACUGGGUACGAGCCAUCGCUCAGCAAAAGGCAGAAGCCGGCGAAAAGCAGCCCGAGAUCCGCAUCGGCGUCGUUUGGAGCGGCGGCAAUGUGGAAGUCGCCAAGGUGGCAGCCAAGUUCGAGGAAUACGGACUAUGA